GCACGUUCGUACGAGACACGGAACCAUACAAACAGCAACAACAACAAAAAACCAUCAGCCACAAUGGAAUGAAGCACGGUAGCCUCGCCAUAUUGGGACGAGGCAUAGCAUCCGCUGCAUCGUUGGGAGCCUUUCAGAGACCAACGCCUUCCGCUGCCACACGUGGGGCCUUUAAUGCCACUAUCGUGCAAAGGCGAACCUUUUUCUCUCUCUUAUGGGGUCAGUUUUCUGAGUCUUUAUCGCCGGGUUCUGACAAGGCACCUGCCUCGCAAUCCGUCGCGUCAUGGAGUGCAGGAACGGCAACGCCGCUAACGACCUCGGGCAAGUCGCAUCAUGAUGUUGUUGGGCGUCGACGAGGCGGCGUUGUGAGGAAGGAGCAUCAGACGAAGAGCAGCACAAGUGGCGACCGCACAAGGGCCUCGGAUGCAUCAUCGCAAGCACCGAGUUACGAGUUUCCAGUGGGCCGUGCCCUGCGUUACGUACAGCAGGGGCAACGGUUUUACUUGCAGGCGGAGGGCCAAGCGGAGCUGCAUGAAUGGCUCGCGACGCACGACACACAACGUGGUGUCAAUCGGAAAGGCACAUUCAACGUUGCGGCAGACACCAUUGACGCCUCUUCCUCGCCAUUGCCUGAGGUCAGAGGUCACGAGGAGCGUGUGCGAAACGAGGUAUCCAAGUUCACCAAAUAUCAUGCACACCACGUUUUGAUUGCUUUCAAGCAACUGCGCCGGCAUCUUUUUCAGCUGCAACAGUCAUCAGCGGAAAUCCAUCGUGGUGAUGCUAUACCAAGACAUGCUGAGGGCAAAAACGGAAAGAGGAGACUGCUUCAAAACACUUCGGCCGCCGUUUCGUCACCGAACCUCCCCUCACACGACGUCGAUACGUUAACGGGACUUCUUUUCGCCGCGACGGUGCUGCUGCAUCUUGGCGGUCUCUUCACCGUCUCCGAUACGCACGUGGAGCCACUGAUUGAGCUGUGCUUUUCUGCCACCGUCUUUCUUGCACAGGACUCUACGACAACGGCGCGCUUGCAGGGCGCCUCCAAACACUGUCGUGCUGUUCCAGCACGACACUGCACCAGAGAAGACCAUGCAUUUCCCAGCUCAGUGCAACGCAGAUCUUCACCCACACGUGUUCCAAGGCCAAAGAAAGAGGACGAAACUCUCGCGGGUGAGACAAAACCGGCGGCUGCGACGACAGCCGUUGAAAAGAGGUACGCCGCGCCGCUUCUCCAACACCGUCACCUUCACUCGUUACAUUGGUCCAUUGUGCACUUCGCAGCCGCAGUGCAGCGCUGGGGACUGCUGGAGCACACCAGCCCUUUGCAGAGCAUCCAAAGGACGCAGCGCCCAUACGAACGUCUUCUUCAGACGCAUGCCGCGCUGCUCUGCGAACUCACUCGCGCGCGCAUCGAUCACGUGCUGUGGCACGAGCUAAUUCUCCUGAAAUCGGGCCAGCGAGCGCCGGCGUCGGUGGCGGCGUGGUUCUUUGGUGCGGAUGAACAGCUCUACCGGCGUUUCUUCGAUCGUGCAGGCGCAGAGGCAGCGACGCGUGUUCCCCCGCGAUUGCAGCAGCGACGCCUGCAGCUGCUGCCCAUGUUGUGGCUCUCGCUGCUCUCCUCCCAGCUGGCACGAUGUGCAGAAUCUGCCCAUAGUUGUAAGACACACGGUUGCGCUGCGCGCACGCGGGAUGGCGAUCUCAUUCGACAGCAUGAGGUGGUGGUGUUUGGAGGCGAGAUGCACGACGUGAACUGGGGUUCGGCGCGCCACGCCUUCACCUCUCUCCUCCCGCUCUUCGCGACGGAUGCCGGCUUCGAGGUGACCGCGUGGGCGCUGCUGCACCAUCUUUUCAUGCCUGGUCUGGGAAGCAUACCUGCGAAACAAGACGUGACGAGGGCAUCUGAGAAUGCGAGUCUGACGGAGACGUGCGCCUUGGUGGCGCGCGUUGAGCAAAGCGACGCCGCGUUGAAGCUGGGAAACGUCCUUCCUUUCGAAGUGCCUGCGGUGUCUUCCAACGUGUCUCUAACGUCUCAAGCGCGAGUACCGGCGGGCAGUCCUUCACCGACGUUUGACUCGCGGCGACGCCUGUCCUUUCAUCUCGCGUGCUUCCUGCGGCGCUUCCUCAAUGGUCUUGCGACCGACGAACAGGAAACCGAUAUGGCCCGCCGAUCCGUAGAAAACGAGGUGGUUACCCAUUCGAUGUCAUCACCCCCGCCGUACCUGUCACGUACAUCAAAGAAGUCGACCCGCAAUGAAACCUUCUUACAGUACCUUUCCGCCCCCCAAACGGCGAUACGUCGCCCGGUGCAGCUCUAUCGGGCUCUGCUGAACAUUCCCCUCUGCUCCUUGGACCUGCCGCCCGCGCACACGUGCAACCCACCAACGGAAGCGGCGUUCCCACUGCUUGUGACGACAGACGGGGUGCGACUGGUGAACACGUUGCUGUUGCGCGUGCUUGUGCAGUGGCGCACCGACGCAGCGCAGCAACGCCGUCUGCGCGCGCCCUCCUUUCACAGCGCUACCCCGCGUGCAGCAAGCGGUGCGGCGAAGGAACGAGAACCAGCGACGCCUGACGCUGACGAAGACCGCAGUGACGAGAGAGGGCGACUGCGUGCAGCGGCGACGCGUGCGGAGUGGGAGCGAGAGGUAUUUUUUGUGUUGCAGGCGGUGCAUCACUUGAGUCAACUUUUGAGUCACGCCACGGCAGCGGACUUCAUCAAGGGAACGGGAGACAGUCUGCUUUUAGGCAGCGGCGACGGUGCAAACGCUGCCCUUCAAGUUGCGUUGCUGGUGCCUACCGUACAGGCGGCUGCACGAGCUCUGUCAGAGCAGCUGGGCAUGUCUCUUCUUCCUCGCCGACUUGCGUUGAUGGCUGACAACGGCUACUCUCUCCGACCUACGGAGCAGAAGCUGUUGAAGUAUCUCGACGAAGAGCUGCGUGGUGUUCUCGUGAGGCGGCAUUCCGGCGCUGGCGAGAAUACGACUGAUGAUGAGGUUCCUGAGCCGUCAACUGGGGCUCUGCCGUGGAGCUACAAGGCAGCACUCUCUGCUCUUUUGAAUGAGAGGGGAGCAAAAGAAGUACAUGAAUAG